AUGGUUGGUGUUGGGGAAAAGUCCGUGGCGGACAAAUUCGAUGUGCUGAAGGCGGCCGUUGGUAAAAUUCCUGAUGAAGAGAUCGUCGACACUGCACUCAACCUUCUCGUGAAUGGGCGCUUCGACUUGGAAACUGCGUUUAUAGUAGAUGGCGCCGAAGCCCUGUGCGGUCUCUUCGAUUUUAUCAAGUCCAUCGGACCGAACCUUCAAGGACUUGUUUUGUCUAUGUUCGCGGCUAUUUUACGAAAGUCAACAUACAACCUCGACCAAUGUUCGCGUGCGGAGAUCAUUCCAAGAAGCCUCGAGCUGCUGAGCACCUCUGAAGGCCUCGUGGCUGAUCUUUUAGGAGAUAUUCUAUCAGUUUUGGCUGGAUAUAAUAUGUCCGUGACUGACUUGAAGAGGCUAGUUGCCAAGCUACGCGUGGAUGACGAGGGAGAGAACGAAAAGGAUCCCCGCUGGCUGCCAAACUCUUUAAAACUAAUCGAUGUUCUGAUUUCUGCCGCAAAUAUAUCCGGACCCGAUGCAUUUUUCCUAUUUCCAGGGAAGUCUUGCGCCGCAAUCGCGCUGCCGCCUGUUAAAGCAUGGCCGAUUCAAGACGGAUUCUCAAUUUCUGUAUGGUUCCGACUUGAUCCACUAAAUAACCUGAACAUCGAGACGGACAAGCCUUAUCUUUACUGUUUACGUACAUCUAAAGGCAUCGGUUACUCUGGUCAUUUUGUUGGGGGCUGUCUGGUUAUCACUGCCUUGAAGUCAAAAGGAAAAGGCUUCCAGCAAUGUGUCGCCGUUGAAUUUUCCCCUAGAAAGUGGCAUCACGUGGUUAUCGUCCAUGAAUACUCCCGCUGGAAAUCAUCUUCUGUCCGUUGCUAUGCUGAUGGCGUGCUUGCUAAUAAGGUUGACAUGGCCUGGCCGAUUUCAGCACACACAAAUCAGUCGGAAUUGUUUGAUAAAUGUCUUCUCGGCUGUGCCGAAACUGGAGAUAUUUCAAGGGCGUUCACUGGCCAGUUCGGAGCGUUCUACAUGUUUCAAGAGACUAUGUCGUGCAUUCAAGUCGAGGGACUCUAUAAACUGGGACCACAAUAUCGUAAUCAACUUCGCUUUCCCCACGAAGCUGGACACAAAAUCACCAUUGAAGAACGCGAGGCGCUAUAUUUUUCCAACCUUUCAGAAAAAAUCCUGAUAUCGUACAACCCCGCCGCAGUUGAUGGUAAUCUCACUUUAGAAUCAUCUCCCUCCGACUCUGUAUCCUCAUUCGUUCACACUCCCCAUGCGCAACUGUUGAACGGCGUCGAAGCUGUCGAGGUUAAGUCACUCAAGCAAGCGCUGCAUAGUAUUGGCGGGCUUGAUGCCAUAUGGCCACUCUUCGGGCAAAUUGAUGUCCCCCAGUCUAACGGAGAAGUCAACUAUGAGCUCGCUCCUAUGCUAGUUGAUCUUGUUGGGCGACUUCUCUCUAGCUCGGGCCGAUUCCGUCAGCAAGCACUACAUGAACGAGGAUUUCUCCUCGUCGCGCGGGCUCUCGAGAAGUCCUCGCCUCAGCAUCUCAGCGAUCGUCUCCUCAAAGAACUUAUUAGAAUAAUUGAAAAAAUCCAAAAACUGCCUCAAAAUCAUGGUCCCGCGCUGCUCCGCCAACUAGCCGACUACGUUUUAUUCAACCCGUCACUUUGGUCAAAUGCCCCUCCUAAAGUGCAAAUCGACCUGCAGAAGUAUCUAUCCACGCAGUUUAUCGCCAGUCCAACUGUGCAAAAACACAUUCGUCGCGUUUCAACGACUUUGAUAUUUCUUCAUGCUCUUAAAAAUUUCUACUGGAUCGUUGCUUCCAAUGACAAGUCAUUUCAUCGGAACCAAGACGAUUCGAAGCAUCGAAUGGUCAGACCUAACGAAAAUGAACUGCGCAGCAUAAGAGCCUAUCUGCUUCUUUUUCUUAAACAACUUAUGUCGCCAAAGCUUUCUGAUGGAUCAAAAGUAUAUCGUCCUGAAGAAGAGCUGAAUGCUAUUGUUAAUUUCCUUUUGACAGUUCAAGAGGACGAAAAUCUUACAGACCUUCUCGAACUUCUGGUCCAACUUGCUGUAGAAAGUCCUGCUGGAGUAGCUAUUCAUCUAGCCGACCCUAAAGGGACUGCAUGUUGCUUUAAGCUUCUCACUUCUACGUCAGAAAACAUUCGGCUAAGUUCGAUAAAGCUUCUUUCGGUGAUUCUGGAAAAUACAAAGCCAGACGCAAAGAAAGAAUUGAUGGACGAGUCUGGUCUUUGGGCUUUACUCGCAGAUAGAUUAUGCGCGCACAGCCCGAGUCUCACUACAAAUAUCUAUACAUGCUUGUUCGAGCUUAUGGUGCAAUCUCCGAUCGGCGACGGAAUGAAACCAAUGAAUAUAACUUCUACGACUAGAAUCCAUCAUCCUGAGCUACUCAAAGUCAUCGCUACUGUUAUACGCGCUUCUUCAGAACGACUUAUGCACAUUAGAGUUCUCUUCCUCGACGACCUCAUUCGACUUUUCUCUCUUUCACAUGAAAAUCGUAAGAUAAUGCUUCAACAGUCAGUUUGGCAAGACUGGCUUAUUGCUCUUGGUUCGCUAAAGCCCGUCACACAAGAAGACCGUGCCUGCCAAGAGAAGGUUUACAGCUUGCUCAAUAUUCUUCUUCAUCACUCAAUCAAAUGGGAGUGGGGCGGCUGGCGAGUUUGGGUAGAUACCAUGGCGUUAGUCCACUCUGGAGUCUCAAAAGUCCAACAUCAAACGGAGAUGGAUAAACUGUACUCAGCAAAUGAAGCCGACAAUAACAUCCCUACGUCUGUCGAUUCUACUAGUGAUGUGCCUGACGAUUCUGAACCAAGAGAAAUCACAACAGAGGAAUUCGCAGCUGAUAUUGUGAAUGAAGCAAUCGAGCGCGCUAUAAAGGAAAUACUGGGCAAAUCGAGCGAUAUUUUAGAAAAUAAGAAGAUUGAAGAAAACGAUAUUCCCGUGCAGCAAGAGCCCUGGUCUCCAGCUCCACGGACACCUGGUGCAUUCCGAAUCCCUGAGUUCAACUGGUGCCAUUAUCACUAUCGCAUACUUACUGAGCUUUUGGAAGAGAUUGAAGAAGACUUGGAGAACCUUUAUCAAGAUCCGACACUGGCGGGCUCUCUUGACAAUCAAAUUCUCAUGCAUAACUCGCUUCAUUUGACAUCACAGCUCAUCGACAAUUUGAUUCUAGCAACUGGCGGUGUUCUUCCUAUUCUGGCUUCAGCGACAAGUCCUAACUUUGAGCUUGAUGUUGUAGAAGCUUCUCAAGGUUUGAGCUUGAAGAAUGCCUGGAAACUAUUUGAUAAACUAAUUGUCGUUAUUGAUAUUACACUAAAAGUGUCCUCGAGAAUGCAAUACGCUGGAAUAUCUAUAUCAGAAGUUGAAAGUGAAAAGUCCAUGCAAAAUGGGGGAAUUUUACGUCAGUUCUUACGGGCAAUCGCCGUAACUUCAGUUAGAAACUCACUGGAAACACGAUACUGCAUGCUCGUUGAUGGCGAAUAUGUAUGUCCGAUCGCCUCAUUACUCGAGCUUAUGAUAAAUCACAGCAGUCCCGUCUCGAACAUGGAUCAUCUUCUACAAGAAAUGGACGUGGAAAGACUCCGACACAUCGUGUACCGAGACGUAGACGAUGUUAAGAACUCUCAAUUUUUAGCCUUGGCCACUGUUUACCUCGUAUCUGUACUGAUGGUCUCUAAGUAUAGAGAUCUUCUUGACCCUAGCAUUCUUGCUAAGCUUCAAAAAAUCAAUAUUGACGAAAUAACGAAGAAAACCGAAGAACAAGAUAACUUAUCGAAUGACAUCAGCAUGGAUACAUCGACAAAAGAUACUCCGACCGGCUAUAAUGGUAUAGAAUCACCGGACACUAAAGUUUCCGAAGCAGACAAUAUUCGAAAAGCAUUGGCCGAGUUAACUAUUGGUGCUCAGCCUAGUGGUGCAAUGGACGGAGGUAACCAUGUUUCGUCCGUUGGUGCUGCCUAUGGAUCAUUUGUUCGCGAGCUUUCGCAGGAGACUGGACAUCCGAACAGCGAGAAGAGCAUCACAGAAGAAGAAGAAGAUGAUCCCCACCCCGAGGCCCAAGUUUCCAAGACCGAAACUGCCGAGGCAGACCAUCUUCCACAAGUAGUAGUCGAAGAGCCAGCAACCUCUGAUGACAUUUCUGAUAAACUGAUUUUGUCACUGGGCAAUUUGAAUGGCCUUCUCCGUGAUAUAUUGAAUGAUUUUUCUGGAUACUUAACAAAGACAUUGACUGGUUCCCACGGGCAAAGUCUCGUUCCGGAAGGUCUUCAGUCGAUUUCCACGGAUCAGGGCUCGACGGUUUCUCUAGUUAUGUUACUUUGUUCACAAGAGUGGCAGAACUCAAUUCAAAAGAAUGCAGGAAUAGCAUUUAUUGAGCUGAUCAACGAAGGGAGGCUACUUUCCCAUAAUAUGAAAGAGCAUGCUGUACGCGUUGGAAAUGAAGCCGAGUUCAUUCUGAAUCGAGCUCGUGCUGAUGAUGUCAAACGCCAGGCUGAGGCGGAAUCAAGACAUGCCCAGCUGAUAACAGCUACACGGAGAGAAGAAAACGCGUGCUCAACUUUAAUAAGAGCAGCAAGACGACGAGACGCACUUCAAGGAGGAUUUACAGCAAGAAAAGCCUAUCAGUCACUCGUUAACCCAUCUGGAUGUUGGUUCCGUAAAGAGACUGACAAAGUGUUCUGGAAGGUGGAUGCCUGGGAAGAUGAUACACGAAGGAGAAAACGGAUGGUGAAGAACCCGUGGGGAUCAAAUCAUAUUGAAGCCACCCAUAAACCGUCAGCAAAUGGAACAUCAGAGCAAACUCCAAACGAUUCUUCGAAACAUCCAGACCUGCCGAAGAAAAUCUCUGAUCUGCCAGUCAAUUCUGAUAAUAGCACGGAUCAAGGAGUCGACGAUGACUUCCAGGAUGAUGAAAGCGAUUCUGAGAACUCCAUGGGCGUUGUGGCUAUUACGUACUCAUUCGCAGCAGCGAUGGUCGCACCUGGUGUUUACAUCCCAGGUACUUUAUCGAUUCAUGCAGAGGAGCUCUAUUGGGAAGCGACAGAAAAUCAUCCUGAUUUUGCAAAAGUUUCCAAAAAACUCAUGUGCUAUGUUGACGGCUGUCCUGGAAAAUGGAGUUUCCAUGAGAUACGAGCAAUUUACUCUAGAAGAUAUCUUCUGCAGCAUACAGGCAUUGAGAUAUUCCUUGCAAACAGAACUUCAAUCAUGUUCAACUUUGAUUCAAACGAAGUUGUGCACAGAGUCGUAGAAGUUCUUCCGCGAGUUGGCAUUGGCACCGGAUACGGUCUUCCUCAAACUAGAAAAAUAUCUUUAGCGUCUGGCAGACAACUCUUUAAAUGGUCUAAUAUGACACAGCGGUGGGCAGCGAAUGAGGUGUCCAACUUUGAGUACUUGAUGUUUAUCAAUACGAUUGCUGGACGAUCCUACCAGGAUCUUAACCAGUAUCCUGUAUUUCCUUGGAUCUUGAAGAAUUAUGAAACGGAGACGAUUGAUCUUAACGAUCCAGCAAACUAUCGAGAUCUAUCAAAACCGAUAGGCGCCUUGAAUCCUCAACGAGAGGCUCAAUUCAAGGAACGUUACGAGGAAUGGGACGAGAAAAGCGAAUGUAUCCCAAAGUUUCACUACGGAACACAUUACUCCACCGCUUUGUUCACACUCGGAUGGCUUGUUCGAGUUGAGCCCUUCACUUCAAUUUUCAUCGAUAUACAGGGAGGCAAGUUCGACCAGCCAGACCGCAUGUUUUCAAGCAUAUUGACCUCUUGGAAGCUCACCCAGCGUGAAAUCUUCAGUUUUAACACCGUGAAAAAGCUCUCCGAGCUGUUUACAAAUAGAAAUGAGUACGACCUUGGUAGCCUUUCGGAAACUGGUCAGAAAAUUGACGACGUUGUUCUGCCUCCUUGGGCGAAAACUCCCGAAGACUUCGUCAGAAUUAAUCGCCUCGCACUCGAGUCUGAAAUCGUCUCCUCGCAAUUACACAAAUGGAUAGACCUGAUCUUUGGAUACAAACAGCGUGGCCCUGAAGCCGCUAAAGCCACGAAUGUUUUCUAUUAUCUGACGUAUGAAGGCAAAGUUGACCUAAGCUCCAUCCCUGAUCCUGUCCAAAAACAAGCAUGUAUAGACCAAAUAAAAUCAUUUGGGCAAACUCCGUCCCAGCUGCUUAUUGAGCCCCAUCCCCCAAGACAACCCGAAAAUUUACCUGUUGAAGAAGAUUCUCAAGAAGUCCGUAUGGUUCUAAAGUUCGUAUCAAAUUCUCCUGUCGUAUACCUAUCCUCCAACACUCAUCCCUCUCUUGAAAACCCAUCUAUCGUCACUGUCACACAGUCUCUUCUCUUCAAUGUUAACAAAUGGAUAAAGCCAAGCUCCACAAAAGUACCGAUUGAGCCUGACCCGAUGAUGAACAAAACUGGUGGAAUUCAAAAACGCCAGAUUUCCGAUCGACUCGACCAGUCUAUCACCAUUUCACACAAAGUUCUUCUGGUCUCUGCCGACAAUCGCCACAUCAUCGUUGCGGGCUUCUGGGAUCGGUCUUUCCGCGUUUACUCUACUGAAAACGCAAAGCUAGAACAAGCAAUAUUUGGACAUACUGCGCCGACUACGCUGCUGGCAAGGAGCGAAACGUACAUAGGAGGCGAUUGCUAUAUUGUGUCUGGCUCCAAAGACACGACGCUUCUACUGUGGUACUGGAACGGUCGACGACAACGCAUCGUAGGAGACUCGCCCAAUAUUUACGACAAUCCGUCGCCCCGCGCUACCCUUGUUGGACACAACUCUGAGAUCACACUGGCUUCGGUUUGCGCCGAGCUCGGUAUGAUCGCUUCGGCCGCCACCAGUGGUCCUAUUCUUAUUCAUACAAUCACUGGCGAGCUCCUCAGACGCUUGUCGCCUGAGGAAACGCGUCCAUCACAAGUUAUAUUUAGUAAUGAUGGCUUUAUUCUUUGCUGCUUUGGAAAGCAAAAACUUGUCAAUUUCACUAUCAAUGGUGCAAAAGUUCAUGAACAAGAGCUAGAAGAAGAAGUUUCAACGCUCAUUCUCAAUAGCGAAGGGAACAUUGUGAUUUCGGCCGGGGAUAAUGGCAAGAUAUAUCUUCAUGAUGCCUGGACGCUCAAGACCUUGCAUUCUUUUCCCAAGAUCGGGCUCCCAAAUCAUCAAUAUUCACUGGAGCCUCAUCAGUGCGACACUGCAAUACAACACCUUGCACUCACUCACGAUCAACAAACGAUUAUUUCAGGCAUGAAAUCCGGUUCCGUUGUUGCUUUCAAAGUAGACUUCAAGAAAUGGCAUCUUUCCAAGAAUGGAAAAUUCUGA